AUGGUGCAUGGAAAUUUUAAGGAUUUUGUGGUGGUAAUUGGUGCAGAGAGCGAUGGUUAUUCGCAACGAGAGAAAACUUUAAGCGGUUGUUUUCACCACAAGCCAUGGAGAGGAGGGAGGAGUCUUGUUCCAAACUUUCUCAUGGGAUGAUCUUCUUCUUCUUCUUCGUUUCUCGUUUCCCUCUCUGAUUCCUUUCCUCCAACUCCACCACCGUUAAAGAUCUUCAUGGUGCAAUGCCUACAUUUACAACAGUGGCUUUAGAUAGUUUAAUAGAACCAAAAGCUUCUAAGCUAUCAUCAACAAGGAAGACAAAACCUGAACCAAAACUGGAGAGAAGAAAUAGCAGCUCCACUCUUACAAAACAAGCCAGUGGAAUCCAUGGUGCUGAUGGAAAAUCAGAAUUGGGAAACACCACAAUCACAAUGGAAAGAAAGCAUCAUUGGAAUCAAAUCUCACCUGCUCUUUAUGCUACCCCUGAACCAACACCACUUCCAGAUUCUCAACUAUCAUUUCCUUCAUCACCUUAUGUUGUUGACCAUAAGAGACGUGGACCUAGACUUUCCAAGACUUAUUCAGCUGUUCUUCAUCGCGAUGAAAAAAAGACAGUUGAAAUUGGGAAAAGUUUAGAAGCAGAAGAUGUUGGAUCUAGCAAGGUUUUUGACACCAAAGAUACUGUUUCUAGUAAUGCUGAUGUUCCCCAUGUGAAGUUUCUGAAUAAUGGAGAUCUUGGAUCAAAAAAGGUUCUGAAUGUCAUAAAUACUGUUUCUGGUGAUGUUGAUGAUACGCGUGUCAAGUUUCAUCAUAAUGCAGAUGGACGUGAGAGUUCAAGAAAGCAUGAUGCAUUGGAAAGAGAAGGUGAAGUUGAUGACUUUUUUGACCCUAAUGAUACAAUGAGUGGAAGUGAUGGGGAAACUAAUCAUGUAGUAGAGAGGCCUUUAAAUGUCAACACUCCAUUUGCAGAGUUUUAUGAUGCUUGGGAAGAACUGGCAACAGAAACCGGAAUCCAGCAUAAGGCAACUGACAUUGAGGGGGAAUUACGUGAGAUGCGAUCAGGAUUUCUGUAUGAGAGGGAGAAAAGAAGGCAAGCUGAAAAUCGUCUGAAUGAUAUGAAAAGUCAAUGGGGAAGAAUUCGUGAAAAAUUAGCCAUUGUUGGAUUGAAUCUUCCUUUAGAUCCUAGUGUAGUGGAGGAUGAUCAAACCAAAGAUCCUGGAGAAGAGAUAUGUCGCCAGGUUGAUGUGUUAAGGUUGUUGGAUCGAGUGCAUUACUAUGAGGCUGUUAAUCAUGAAAUGUCUCAGAGGAAUCAAGAAAGUGUUGAAACCAUGCGACGACUUAGGCAAAAGAGGAAGAAAAGACAAAGUGAUCACUACCCCCACCCACCCACCACCACUGGGUUAGUUCCGAUUGUAAGUUGAGCUUUUUGAGAAGGUUGUAUAUAAUACAUAUUUUUCGGCGGUAAUAAAACAUUUUUGGCAGUAAUAAAAAACAUGGUAUUCAUAGUUUACAUCAUACAUGUAAACAAAAGUUACCAUUGUGAGAAUUUGUGGGGUGGAGAAAGAGAUCAUUUCAAGAAGUUGUGUCAAGACUCCUAGGUGUAAUUAUUUUUUUUGAAUUUCUUUUUAUUUUUUAUUUGUUAAUUAAAGUUUAUGUUUGCCAAAUUUAAGAAAAAAAGAUCUUAAAUUUGUGUUUGGCUAUCGUUUCUUUUUUUUUUCUUUUAUCUGUCAAACAUAAUAAUUAAAUUAAGGAUAUGUUUCACGG